UAAGAGUGAGCAUGCAAAUAAGAGAUUAGAGGUGCGGUUCUGGCAGAAGGACGGAUACAGUUUGCACUCUUGUAGUCCAUAUUCCCUCCCUACUUGUGUUUGUGGUGACGGCAGGCCGGACGGACGGACGAACCGGGGGAUCUUCAGUGCCAGGCCAGCUGCUGCGAAACUUGCCCAACACCGGCCUACUUUCUAGCUAACUACUUGCGCACUGCGCUGACUAAAGAUGUCAUUUGCCAGUAAAUUCAUCGGUGGCCUCAUCAAUGUCAUCGGCAACAUCGACCCGGCCGCGUUCAUGCCCUCGGAACCUCCUCCACCUCGCAGACCGAUCGCAUACGCCGAGCAGCAUGAGAGCGAUGAGGAGAAACAGUUCCGCAGAGUCUUCCAGCAACUGGCCGGAGAUGACAUGGAAGUGAGUCCCGCUGAACUCAUGAACAUCCUCAACAAAAUUAUUGGAAAACAUGGAGAUCUGAAGACGGAUGGUUUCAGUAUUGAGUCUUGCAGAAGCAUGGUGGCAGUCAUGGAUAGUGACAGCACUGGAAAACUCGGCUUCCAUGAAUUCAAAUACUUGUGGAACAACAUCAAGAAAUGGCAGGGAGUGUACAAGUCCUACGAUACAGAUGGCUCUGGGGUGAUUGGGGCGGAUGAAUUGCCCAAUGCUUUCAAAGCUGCUGGCUUUCCUCUGAGUGAGCAGCUGUUCCAGAUGAUCAUUCGCAGGUAUAGCGACGAGAGCGGCAACUUGGAUUUUGACAACUACAUUGGCUGUCUCGUAAGGCUGGACGCCAUGUGCCGUGCCUUUAAAACGCUGGAUAAGGACAACAACGGGACUAUCAAAGUCAAUGUUCAGGAGUGGCUUCAGUUGACCAUGUAUUCUUGAGCCGAGGAGAGUCCUACUUUGUUUACAUGGUCUGUAGCUAUAUAUAUCCCCAUCUUCCAGCAACUUCCCAUUUUAUUCAGCCCACUCACUGUCUGCAAAUGUUCCUUUUAAAGCAAUCACCUGACUGUUAGCGUAUUGUUGAAUGUGCCAUAUUACUUGUAAAGCAGAUAUGAAUGCUGUGUCAAUCAAAGAAGCACAAACCUUCACUGACAAUGGUCACACCGCUGAAGAGAAAGCUGUUAGCCAGCAUGAGAAAUUGCAUGUUGAGCUUAAGUCGUUAGCUUUGCUAUUUGACAUUUGCUUUUUGACUGUACUCGAGUCCAAAUGAAAUGUGAAGCGUUAAAUCCAAAUUAUAGACCACAUAAAAUGUGAAAUAGUUUGGCUGAAUCAAAAACAUUUCAGUUGACAAAAACAUUAAAAUUGUGAAAGUCAGGAUCAAUUUUAAAGGGCAAACCCUCUCUCCUCCAAAACAGCCAUAAAGAUGUUUAGUUGUUUGCCUUUUAAUUCAAAUUUUAUCAAGUACAUUGUUUUAAGUCUAGCCUGCAAAUGUUGGCUAAGUCUUGUAAUCAAUUAAUUUUAUAUAUAUACAUACGUAUAUAUAAAAAAAAAUGGAAAUCUGAAAUGUUAUCUCUUGUCCUCUCCUGAUAGCAUGUUUUAACAUCGAGACAUUGUUUUGGUUUACAGGCUGAUAGCUGUUUUUGUCAUUUGAUGUCAUUUUAUGUUCCAUAUUAGUGCCACCAGCCCACGUUAUUGCUGUCUUUUUACAUUUACCAUUUGUUACAACUUCAAAUUCUGGGAAUAUGCCUGAACCAGCAUAAUGUGUGAAUGAAUACACAAUACAGAUGUGUAUGCUACUAAUGCAUGCAGCCAAUAAUUGAGGUGCCUUUUCAAAGUUUUUGUCAUUCUAGUUAUAACCACUUAACUUCUCGUCGAAAUAGACACGUGUGCUGUAUUGGAAAUAAAGGUGUGAUCAAUGUGUCUUGAA